UCGGUGUGGAGGAGCGAGAGGGGGAGGAGGCGCAGAAGGAGCAGCGGAGAGGAGCGGCGGCGGCGUCCUGCAGCUUCCUGCCGACACGCAGACCCCCGGAGACACCUGUCACAUGCCGUGUGAGCUGCUGUGAGUCGGCGCCCCCUGGAGGAGAGAUGCUCUGAGAGCGGAGACCCGGAGACCCACCGCCCUCAGACAGAGUCCUGAUCGAGACGAGUCAUGGAGGCCGUCGCCGUGGACAACCUCAUCGACUUCGACCUGCCGUCCCAGACGGCGUCUCUCGGCGUGGACGGCGGGCGCCACCCCGACGUCUUCUCCCCCGAGCCGGCGUCCUCCGAGGGCCUCCACCAGCUGCCGGAGCCGCUGGCGCCCACCAGGUCCGCCUCGGACCGGCGAGAGGACGGGGACAACGAGAGCGACGCCACCGAGUCGGCCGACAGCGAGAACGACAUGGACCUGCCAUCGCACGCCUGGGAGCGGCGGCGGUCGUCGUCCUCGUCGGCGCCCAGCGGGGAGGACGAGGACGGCCGGACGGCGGAGACCAGGCGCUUCAUGAAGGCCUACGUGGAAAAGGUCUUCCACGGAAAAGAGGACUUUGACCAGGAGGAGAAGGCUCGGUUCGGAGAGCUGUGCGGCGGAGAGAACGGAAAAGGCCGGGAGUGGUUCGCCAAGUACGUCAGCGCUCAGCGCUGCCACUCCAAGUGUGUGAGCGAAGCCACCUUCUACCGGCUGGUGCAGUCCUUCGCAGUCGUGCUGUUUGAAUGUUACCAGAUGGACGACUACAGCCCGGCCAAGAACCUCAUGACCAUGUGCUUCACGUAUUACCACAUGGGGAGGUGGCAGCCGUCCCCCUCGGAGCUCCUGGACCGCGGCCCCGCCCCUCCCGGUCUGGACUCGUACCUGAACAAGGCCAACUCGUGGCUGAGCGGGAAGAAGGACGCGGCCGAGCGUCUGCUGAAGACCACGGCCCGCAGCGACGUCAAGGGCUUCUUCGGAGGGCUGGAGAGCAAGCUGAGGAGCUCCAUGACGGCCCGGACGGAUGACGGUGAUAAUCCAUCUGAGACCAAACCUCCAGGUCCGGAGGCUGCGGAGGAGAGGAAGGGAGAGAAGGUCUACCUGUACACUCACCUGAAGCAGCAGCCCAUCUGGCACACCCUGAGGUUCUGGAACGCUGCGUUCUUCGACGCCGUCCACUGUGAGAGGAAGAAACGAUCUCCGACCACCAGCGGAACGAAGGAUGAAGAGAAAGACGAGAGGGAGAAGUGGUGUCACAUGACCCAGGAGGAGCGGGACGACAGCUCCAAAAUCGACGAGAACAUCGCCUUCGGCCAGCUGGGGACCUUCACUCACAACAUGCUGGCGUUCGGUCUCAGUAAGAAACUCUGCAACGACUUCCUGAAGAAACAGGCGGUGAUCGGAAACCUGAACGAAGAACAGUACAAACUGCUGAGUGAACACAUUGAGAAAAUGGCUGCAGAGUGACGACGUUUCCGUCUCCACACGGAAAUACACAACACACAACAGACACACAACCGAGAAACAUGUCAAACUGACUCACAACACGUCAUCCAGACACACACCACAUCAAACCGACUCACAACACUUUAAACCGGCAAAACACUUUGAACCGACUCACAACACGUCAUAUAGACAAGCAACACAUCCUUCAGACACACAACACGUCAAACCGACACACAACACGUCAUACAGACAUGUCACACAGAUGCACAACACGUCUCACAGUCACAACACGUCACACGGACACGCAACAUGUCAAACCGACACACAACACUUCAGACCAACUCACAGCACGUCAUACAGACACACAACACGUCCCACUCCACUGUAGCUCCUCCCCUGAAGCUGUAGCUCCGCCUCCUGAAGCUGAAGCUCCACCUUCAGAAGCUGUAGGUCCGCCUCCUGAAGCUGAAGCUCCGCCUCCAGAAGCUGUAGCUCCUCCCCUGAAGCUGUAGCGCCGCCUCCUGAAGCUGAAGCUCCGCCUCCAGAAGCUGUAGCUCCUCCCCUGAAGCUGUAGCUCCGCCUCCUGAAUCAGCAAUAACCAGCAGCUUGUGUCCGUCUGCGACCCUCUGAGCAGGUUCUGCCUCGGCCUCCGUCGCUCUGGUUCCUCUGUCGCUCUGGUUCCUCCGUCAGUCUGGUUCCUCCAUCAUUCUGGUUCCUCCAUCACUCUGGUUCCUCCGUCACUCUGUGGUUCCUCCGUCACUCUGGUUCCUCCGUCGCUCUGGUUCCUCCGUCACUCUGGUUCCUCCGUCGCUCUGGUUCCUCCGUCAGUCUGUUUAUCAGGUGUAGUUUGAUGCAAUAAGACUGGUCGUCCUCUGAUCUGUGUCCCGGUGAGGUCGGGUCCAUUUUUAGUCCUGAGAACUCUGGUGUUGUCCGGUAGCAUCGGAACAUCAAGACAAACAAACGUUCUCAUCAUUCAGCACUUUGUGUUUCAGAUUACCACCCGCUGUUCUGAAGGUUACAGCAGUGUUGUGUUUAUAAAGGGGGGAAACAGCUCCUUAGCCUAGCUUAGCUUAGCUUAGAGCAUGAGAUUUAAGCAUAGAGGUAGUAGCUAGCUUAAUUUUUUUUCCACCAAAAAAGUUAAAGUAAUGUUACAACCAAAACUCCCUGAGUGGCAAAUAUAUUUCUUUUGUACAAAACAGUCGAUCCAAAGUUUUGUUUUCGUGUUUGUAUUUUUAUGCUAAGCUAAAUUCUGAAUUUUUUUAACCUAAUUAUUGGCAGGGAAGUUGUUACAUGAACUGUUCUUGUGUGAAAAACGAAAUGUAGAGCAAUAGCCACAUGCUAACUCUCUUAGCCAAAAAUCCCUAAACUUAAUUGCUGGCUAGCUAGCUAGCUUAGCUCUCCCAGAAUUUAAAAAGAAUUGAAUUACAGCUAACUCAUGUUUAACUUGGUCAAUCUGUGCAAAAAGCUAAAGGUUGCAGAAAGAGUUUAGUAUAGUCAUUUGAUGCUAAGCUAAAGGUUGUUUUUCGGCAGCUGCUUUGCAUGAAAUGUAUUCCUAUCAAACUUUAAAGACAUACUUUAAGUUAUUUUACGUAGCGGUGGGUCAUUCCUUUGUGAAAGCAGAAAAAAUAGUUAGCCUACCUAGAAAUUUAAUAUGUUCAUGCAAACUGAAAAAAGCUAAAGGUUGAUAAAAUAACACUUCAUUAUGUUUAAUGUUUUUUCUCAAGCUAAGUUAAGUAAAUUAGCUUCUGGCUCUAUCUGUAUAUGACAGUGGGUUUAUCCUGUAAAUAUCUAUUUUAAAGAAAUGGGAGAAUGGAAAUGUCUUUGAAACCUUUUUGUUUUUGGAAACAAGUGGCAGCUAAGAAGCUAAUUUCCAUGUUAUGAUUUAAAAUGAGAAGGAAAACCCCGCUAGCUGACUUUAGCCUUUUGCUUUAUCUAACUGAAGAAAACUGACUCCGGAUUUAUGAAGGUAACACACGCCAGGCGCUUUGCCGACGCUAAGCUAACCGCUUUCUCUGGUUCUGUUUAAAAUAAGGUGUAGUUUCAGUGUUCAACGAUAAAUGACGUUCCAUAAUUUUGUGGGAAAAGUCAUUUGAACUCCUUAAAUCUGUGCUAGCUUCAGGACGAUAAGCUUUACAUAAAAAAUUAAGAACACCUAGCCGAGCUUAAUCAGCAAAUUAAAAAGCUCACAUUUUUUUAGACGUUUUUAUGAGGCUCAGUGAUGUUUCAACAUGUUAACAUGUUAAAAUCUCUGAUAGCCACAAACAAUUAGCUUAAUAUUUAAAUUGCUAGCCUAGCUUAUUUGGAAAAAAAUGUACUUAUUCAUACAUCUGUGGUUCAUAAACGAACUGUUCUUUUCUUUUUAAAGAUUGAUCUUAAAACAGUAAUUAACAUUUUUUACCAAUGGGAAUGAAGUGGAUCGUGAUAUUGAUCUUUUUUUAAUCAUCAGAUUUUUUUUAAAUUAUCUUAAUUUCUGUCGUAAUCUCUUGAAUCUGAGACGCCACACGUCUGAAGUGCCUUCCUUUGAGGUGAACCGUCUCCAUCCCGUCUCGUCACUGUCGGCAGCGCCGGAUCUCCGCCUCGCCCUCGCGCUCCCAGCUAGCUUCCGUUUAGCCGUUAGCAUUGUGGCUUGAGCAUGUUUCCCGCUGCAUGUUUAGGUGUGUUACUCCGUCCCGCCACCGCGGGGCGGCGUUGUGUCUCCGAUCGUGCGACAUUAGAAGUCUGUGUAAACAUUGUGGUUCUGGGUGUUGCCUGUUAGAUGAAACUUCGUGAUCUAAAUGUCUGACUGUACUUCCAGCCGCUCGCCGUCCGCUCGCCGUUAGCUUCCGAUACGGUCAGCGUGAAUCCCUCCCAGCUGACCGCAGUGUUUCCUCCACUCGUCGCAUGUCGCCGGACUCCGUUCGGGAGCGUUUGUUGAAGUAUUGAUCCGUUUAUCUGUAAUUUAUUGGACUUGUUCGCUCUGCAUGAGCCGUUUAUUUGCACUACGUUCAGACUCUUGAUCUGGGUUUAGACACCAGAUCCUGGUUUUUGGUUGAAGUUUACCAAGUGUUUCUUGUUUUUUUUUUUUUAAAUGCUGUAAUAAACGAAUGUCAACAUGAAAACAGCUGUACGCGAUUUUAAUUAUCUGGCAAUUUGAAAUAAAAAGAAACAGGUGAGUGA